AUGUCUAAUAAAAAAGGAGCAAAAAAUGCCUUCAUGUUCUUUCUAUCGGAUUUUAAAGAAGAACAGAAGAAAAAGGGCAUAAUUUUUAAUAACAUAAACGAAGCUAUUAACGCAGCCGAUCCCGUGUGGCGGGAUCUUUCACGGUCAGAGAAGGCAAAGUAUGACAACAUGGUUCAAAAACAAAAACAAAAAUUGAAAAAUGCUGAAAAAAAGUACACAUCAACUGGCAUUCCUAUCAGCAUGAUAGAAAAUGCUGAAAAAGAGGAACUGGAAUAUAAAGAAUUAGAAAGAAAAGACAUCAAGAACUUGGUCAACUCUAGAGUUGUCAAUAAUAGUCUUAUAACCAUGGAUAUAUAUUUGAUGGAUGUGAAUUGCUACUGUAAAAUAGAACAGAAUUAUAUAGUCGGUGAAUUUACUCUUCUACGCUUUAAUAUAAAGGAUGGCAUUAAGGAAACAUACCAUGAAAUAAUUAAUCCAGGUCCCCCGCCAAUAGGUUAUACAUAUCAGAUGAUGUUAGGAUCUGAAGAAUUUGGCUUGGAAAUUCAUGAUGAAAACGUUCCACGAAGUAACUACAUGCAGAUCCUUGCCAACAUUGUGGAUUACUUGAAACUACAAGAUCACAAAACUAAUGUGCUUCCACCAAUAUUUGCAUUACCAGAGAAAGUACAGCAAGUUCAGAAUUUUAUACUGCAAAUGUGCCAACGGGCAGGGGAGGACGAGACACUGUUCCGCGUGUACAAGCUGGACACGCUGUUAUUCACGCUCGUGAACGCGCUGAAGGCGGAGUCCGACGAGGGCUUCCCUAAAGAGAGCCUCGCCACCCUGCACCUCAAGAAGGACACCUUCAAGUACACCCCGGGCAUCGCUUGUGAGUACCACGAGGGGCGCGACCGCCUCACGGAGUGCAGCCAGGCGCGCGUACGGCGCGGCGCGUACGGCGUGCUGGACGUGGCGGCGCGGCAGCCCGUGCCCGGCCGCCACCUGCCGCGCGACUAUCACCUGCCCGCGCUCGAGCGCUACCGCGAGGGCCGCGCGCCGCCGCCCGCCGCCACGCUGCACGCGCCGCCAGCGUCGUGCAACUCGUCGAUGGUGGACUGCCUGGAGUCGGCCAACAGCAGCCUCGGCGCGCUCGACAUAUCUAAGAGGGAGCAGAGGGUGCACGUGCCGCAGCGCAUGCCCAAGACGGACUACUCGCAGCGCAUCCGCGUGGCGCCCGACCUCACCGACGAGGACUUCCCCGCGCUCGGCGCGCGCGGUCGCGGCGGCGCCGGCCGCGGCCGCGGCAAGAAG